GAACGAGAACUGAUUUGAUUAGCUGAUCAGUCAAAAUACUCGCGCAGUGAAACUCAAGAGAUGGCGAGUAUGGAGCUUGCACCACUUAGACCAUGGGAUGACUUCUUUCCAGGAGCUGAUCGAUUUGCAAAACCCGACUUCGGAGAUUUAGCUAAAUGGAACAACAGGGUGAUCAGCAACUUGUUAUACUAUCAGACCAAUUAUUUCGCCGUGGCCAUAGUGGUUUUCCUGAUCGUGGGGUUUCUGAACCCUCUUGGCAUGUUUCUGGGCGGUGCGGUGGUCUCUCUGGUCUUCAUGUGCUCGGUGUGGGCAGGAGAGAACAAGAAUUUCAUCAAGAACUUCAAGAAGAAGAACCCCACUUUGUUUGUCAUCGCUGUUAUGGGAACGAGCUACUUCCUGCUGUCACUGUGUGGUGGAGUGAUGGUCUUCAUUUUCGGAAUUACUUUUCCCUUGCUGUUGAUCCUGGUUCAUGCGUCUCUGAGGCUGCGCAACAUGAAGAACAGACUGGAGAAUAAGAUGGAGGGAGUGGGCAUGAAAAAGUCCCCGAUGGGCAUCAUCCUGGAUCUGUUAGACCAACAGGAGGAGAAGAUCAACAAGAUCCAGGACUUCCUGGAGUCAAAGCUAAACAAGGAUUGAGGGGAGAGAGCCAAAAUGGCACCCGCAACCUCAUUCUGAUUAAAUUCAACAUGGUUUGCUUUUUGCUUUAACACAAAAAUCAAGUGUGUUGAUUUGUACCCCAUAUAAUAUCAGUGUUGUCACAUUCCCCCUAUUUAUCAUUCUCACUCCAUUUGUUUUGUUAUAUUGAAACACCUUUGUACAUUUUGUGUCACACAGUCCCUGAUUUUCUUUGGAGCAUUUCAGAAAGAUUUGUACUGUCGUGUAUGGAUCAGAUGUUGGGGGGAAGGCACUUGGCACAAUGAAAUGAGGCAUGAGCAUUCCUGUGUAUGUUGUGUGCACAUUCAAAUAAACAAACAAUACACAUGUCGUUAUGUAAUUGCAAUAUGUAUCCAGGCACAUUUGACUUUUGAGCGUGCGUGUACAAUGUCAACAAAAAAAGCUGCAUGCCAGAAUGCAACUAUUGCAUGUUAAACCAAUUGUGUUCAGUAGCGUAGCAUUUUUAAUUAUCUUUUUUCAUUUUUUAGAUCAAAGAAUUUAAUCAAUCAGAACCAAUUUAUUUGCUACCUCAGAAGAAUAGUCAUCGCUGUAUUUUCUCUUAAGCUGAACUGGUGUCACUGGGCUCCCCCUUAUAUUCACUGGACCAGUGACUGCUUAUUGACAAGUAGCAAUAAUGUCCCUCUUGUUACUUCAGACCCUGUGGGUUGGGCUUGAGAUGAACAUUAUCAGAUCAUAGUUAUGCAAUAUGGGAAAAUGAAUGGCAAAUGCAGCUUUAUUAAUUGAAGUCAUGUUGUAUAUGUUAAAGUUGUGCUUUCAUGUAUCGCCAAAUCUUCUGUACUUGUGUAUUCAGCAUAAAGCAUGCAGAACACAAAUGUUUGCAUUACAAAAAGGACAGGGUAUGGCACCAAAGUAUUGAUAGAAAAAAAUAUUAGUGCAAGAAUGUUACCUCUGUACUAUUAAAUAUUACACACAUUAUGAAUGUUUGGUGUAUUUCUGUUGUGUAUUUGAAAAUAGGGAUUCUGAUUGUAUUUCCCUGUAUUUCCCAGAUGUUUGGAUAUUUUUUUAGUCAUAUUAAAAUGCCAAUCCAAUUUAUCCAAUUCCAGGGAUCACCAUUGGUAAUUCAUAUAAAACGAUUAACGAUUUAAGACGCUGUUCAGAUCCCAGAAUGAAAGGCCCAGUGCAGUUAAAAACAUGAUUUCCUGUGUUUUAUACAUAACCUCAGCAAAAAAAGAAACGUCCUCUCACUGUCAACUAUGUUUAUUUUCAGCAAACUUAACGUGUGUAAAUAUGUGUGUUUCAGGGAUGCCCUCAUGCCCCUCCCCCCAACUGUUGCUUUCAGAUCUCGCUAUGCGUUUUGGAUGGGAUUCAGAUCUGUACUCUUAGCUGGCCACUCCAGAACAGUCCAGCAUCUCUUAUUGAAUCAUUCCUGGGUGCUUUUUGACGUGUGUUUGGGGUUGUUGUCCUGCUGUGGGGUUGCUUUGCUGCCUCCUGUACUGGGGGCCUUGAAUGUGUGCAAGACAUCAUGAAAUCACCAGGCUAUCAAAGUGUUUUGUAGUCCAAUGUUCAACCCAGUGUCCAAAAACUGUUUCUGUUGAAGGUUGUGGGUCUUCCAGAAAAACAACGACCCAAAACACACAUCAAAAGAGUGGUUUAAGAAGAAACACUGGACUGUUCUGGGGUGGCCAGCGAAGAGACUAGAUCUGAAUCACAUCCAUAACCAAUGGCAAGAUCUGAAAACAGCCGUUGGUGGAGGGAACCCGUCUAACAUUGAAGAAUUAGAACAGUUUGCUGCUGAAGAGUGGGACAAAUUGCCAGUAGAAAGGUGCAGCAAGCUCAUCGAUGGCUACAAGAUGCAUUUGUUGGCAGUUAUCUUGGCCAAAGGCGGUGCAACCAAGUACUAGCUCUGGGUUGCCAAUAAAUGUGUCCAUGCCAUUUGUCUUUAUUUUUUGAAUUAAAAUUUUUUUUUUAAAAACAUUUUACAAAAAUAAAAUUGGUUCUGAAAUGUUGAAAAUCCAAUAA